AGAAACACAACUUGAAUAUUUAGACAAAUUACCUGCCCAAGGCGAUUAUUUACUACAGUUUCACGUUAUGCAUACAAUAGAACUGUCAACUCUUAAUAAGAUAUGGAAUUUGGUAGAGUAUCUGUUAAAAUACAACAUAUUACAUAUUACUUGCUAAAUUAAAAGGAUAUACGAACGAUUGAUAAACAGAUUAUUUAACUGGAUAUAAUAAAUCAUAGUGAUUUCAUCUUUUAAUUAAAAACAAAUCAACACAUAAGGAACGAAGCAUGACUAAACAAUUCUCUUUAUGCCAUUGUUUGAAGUUGUCGCCAUUUAAAUAUGGCUUAUUGCUACAUAUUAUUUCAAUUCUCUUCGUGUGCCAAUUGGCAAUAAUACAUGGUCUCAAUGAACAUGUUCAGGAAUCGUACUCAGUUCUGCACAAGGAGUGCGAAAAUGAUGAUCCAUUGGGAAUGAUUUCAGGUACUAUUGCUGAUUGGCAAAUCACUGCAUCAUCAACUUAUCCAACGAGCUGGGUAAAAGGAUGUGAAGAAAGAAAUGCUCGUUUAUUCAGACAAAAUGGUUUAGCUUGGUGUGCAAAGUUCAAAUCCUCCUCUGAAUGGCUUCAAAUUGAUUUAGGUGUACAAGCAUUGGUGACAGGUAUUAUGACACAAGGUCGAGGAGAUGGUUCAGAAUGGGUUACUUCAUUCAUGGUAUCUUACAGUGACGAUGCUAUGCACUGGAAAUUUAUCACAGAUCAAUAUGCCAAUCAAAAAAUCUUCGAAGGAAAUUCAGAUUCUUAUACAGUGAAACAUAAUUACUUUGAUGAGCCUAUCCGAGCAAGAUAUGUGAAAAUUCACACGUAUACAUGGCAUAACCAUCCAAGUCUUAGAGUUGAAUUGAUUGGUUGUCAAACAUGCAAACAUCUCAUUGGUAUUCCGCCUUAUGCUCGAUUCGCUGCUUCAAGUUCACGGGGGAAAAGAUCUCAGCGUUCCUGUACUCCAGAAUAUGGUCACUAUCUUAGUAAUAAAGCAUGGUGUGCCCAAAGACAAGAUGCUCUUCAGUGGCUUCAAAUAGACGUUGGGCCGCCUACUUUAAUAACUGGAGUCAUUCUUAAAUCGAGAGGAGAUGUAAAAAAUUCGCAGUAUGUGUCACGUUUCAAGCUAUCUUACAGUAAUGAUACACGUUUGUGGUACUUUUACAAGGAUGCAGCUCCUUUAGACCCAAGAUCCACUGUAUGGUCAUUUGAAUGGAGUCAAAAGAUGAAAGAAUCAGAUACUAAGAGGAAACCUGAUAAAGUAUUCGAUGGUAAUAAUGAGCAGGUAUCUGAGCGUGUGCAUUAUUUGGCAACACCAUUUGUUGCUCGUUAUGUGCGUAUUCAUCCAGUUAACUGGCGAAGUCGUAUAGCAAUGCGUGUUGGUCUAAUCGGCUGUAAACAGAAAGGUUCAUGUGGUGCUGGUUUCUUUAGAAUCAAUAAUGAAAGUUCUUGCGUUGCUAAUCUUGCCUACAAGAAAAACGCCUGGUUAACACCGGAGUCCUCAAAUCAUCGCAAAAGAAAUCUACCAGAUUCAGAUAAAUCGCUACAUCCACUUGAUUUUACCAAAGGAAUAAGAAAUUCUUUAACUUCAGAAAAUCCUUCACAUUUUCAAUAUUCUGAAAACCAACGUCCACCUAUGUUGGCGCAUCAUAGAAUCAGAGAUAAUACUGUAAAUUCAAAAACACUCAAGUUUAAUAAUAUACCGUUGUGGUCAUCAGUUGACAGUAUGAUAAAUGAACCAUACAUGGGUGACAAUGCUGAUGGUAUGGCAUUAUUAGCUGUUGAUGGAUGGACAGGUGAAGAAAUACUUUUGAAAAACUCAACACUUUCAACACGAUCGUCAGAAAAAUUAAUGAAUGAUGCUCCAGAUGGAAAGCACCUUACAAAUGAUAGUUUGAAUAGAAGAGGGCUAAAUGACAUACACCAGUCAGCUACAAAUCUGCAGAAAUCUGCUCAUCCGUGUACAAUACUUGAAUACCGCUGGCCCUUCGUCGAGUUACCAUCGUGGUAUGUGGACCUGAGAGAACACACUGAAGUGAAUGGAGUUGUUAUUUAUACAGCAGGUCAUGGAAGAGAUGGAAGAUAUCUACUUUCAUUUCUAUUCGGUAAUGAAGAUAAAAGUAAAUUGAAUUCUGAGAAUUUAGAAAGAUUAUCUAUUUAUGUUGAAUCAGAACCACGUCAUCGAGAUUCUAAAACGCUAACUAGAUCAAGUUCUAGUUUAUGUGGUUAUGUUACACGAUUAAAUGAUGCAAUAUUCAAUCCACGCUUACAUAUACCAUGCAGACAACCAUUACUUGGACGAUAUGUUUAUGUUGAAGCUCGUGGAGUUCGUGGAAGAUGGUCACAGGAGUUUGCAGCCUUACUGUGUGAAGUAAUGGUGUAUUGAAAGCAAUAUGACUUUAUAUGCAAUCAUAAUAAACGUUAAUUAUGCAUUUAUGUCUAUAAUCACCUCAUUAAAACACAAAUGUUAUUACCUCUAAAUGAACAGUUAUGCAUGAAUAAUUUUUAUAUGCCUACAAAACAUUUAAAGCUGAAGUGAAGUCUAUUUUGUCGCUUUCUUGUAACUGUCUAUCUUCUUACAUUUUCAUAUUCCAUUGGUCUACUGCUACAUUUCAUGUUUAUGUUUAGGAUCACCUUAUCCACGUAUCUACAUAUAUAUAUGUAAAAAUAUGGAAACAUGAUUAUAUUUAAUAUUUCACAAUUGAACUCAUCUUAGUUAUCUGUUUUAUGGUAGAACACAUGACUUCUUUAAAUCGUAACCGAUUGAUUGUUGAACAAGAAAGCAUGUUAACUUAAAC